AUGAGUGGCGACGCAGGACUGGUGGGCUAUCUUGUCGAUAGAAUCGCUGCCAAGCUGCCCCAUUGUGUGGGAGCAAGUGGUGCGCGGCCUGACGACGACGAAGUUGUACAAACAACGCAAGCCACCCUCAUCAAGCUCAGCAAAACGACAGCUGGGGUCGUAAUUGACUCGCUGCUUGACCUUCUAGAAGAUUUGUCUCGGCCUUUUGCAAAAAUCGCUACCCAUCCGAGCCACAUUCUUCAGUCUGAGCUCUAUGUUCUGAGCCUUGUAUCAGCAUGUUGCUCUGCGAACUGGUCAGCCAGAAAGAAGGGAGGACUACUGCCAGAGAAACUGGGAGAGAGGGUCGUCGUUCGACUCUUCGAGGUGUUCAAAUCUGUUCUGGAGCCUAUACCAGAUGAUUAUGUACUGCCCGCCCAAACACUUCUGGAUCAGACAUCCGUGGCCAACAUCACAAUUCCACGGCCCGGCAGAGGAUCAGCAGCUGGAUCAACAAUUCGUUUCACGGAUGGCCCCGAAUCUUUAGAUUUUCAGCUGGUUGAAAUUGACAGACAUGUCAAGGUCAUCGUGGAGUACAUGUCUGUCUCAAGCUGGACAGUGACAUUUAGCUACAUCCGCAGUGUCAUUCACACUGUACGCUCUGCAACAGGAGACUCUCAUAUGGAUACAGCGAAAAAUAUUCAGCAACAUGAUCGUGGUGCUUUGAUCAUUCUAAGACUGCUGUCCUUUUGCUGGGUUGACGGGUCGAAGCUCGGGCUUCUCAUCCAGGAGCUUUGUUCCAGCUACCUUCACUUCAGAGGGCCAUACCAAAACACUGUGGCGGUGGCGAUACCUCUUCUCAUAACGCGAUGGAUAGACAGAUAUCCCGAUGAGUUCGUAAUGCUCCAUCGGCUUCACAAGAGGUUGGACGGUGGCGCUGAUACCUUGUUCGAUAUGACACAAACGGCUACAGAAACAGGCAGGCGGAGAGUAUAUCUAUUUCCUCUCCAGACGACGCUAUUAUUUCUAAUGCCGGAUGUUUUUGAGGUGGCCAGCAACUUGCGGGAAACUAAAGGCCACAGCGUCAUUAAGAAAGUCUCCUUUCUUGACAGCCUGCGGAAGGCUCUCAGGAAUGGCAACGAGCAGGCAGGGUACUGCCUUGUCUCUCUUCUUCGAGUUGCUCGGCAUUUUGAUGUCGAAAGUGACUCGGCACUUGUUAGCUACGCGAUGGACGUACAAGACGAGGUGCGAGAUGCUAUCUUUCGUCCCUCCCUCGCCUCUGCCACUGCUCUACCGGUCUGGGACCAGAGUAUGAUCACUGCGGCACUGGUGAGCCUAUCUUAUUUAAAUCUGGAUGGCUGCGUGUACAAUCUUUAUGGUGGUUGUGUAGCAUCCUCUGCUCCAGACGGAUUCAAGCUUGCCAUGAUCCAGGCUUGCUGUUACUUUGCCCAACUGCCUGACCCAGAGAAGUAUAAAGACCUCUUCGAGAAAUCCAUCCCCUUGAUGAGAAAACAACUAGAGACCGAAGCGCAUCUUCAUCACGACAAAAAGCACCGUGACCAAGAAAGGACCAAGACGAGAAUGAUCUGCAGUAUUAUGAAAUUCCUGAGUAUAGAUCAAUCACCUAUUAUUGGAGAGCUCUCUGGGACAACAUCGGACUCCUCAUUCUUUAAGACUCUACUACUCUGUGCCGUCUCCGCCGAGCCUGCCGUUCGCCAACAUGCCGCCGAGGUCAUCGAGAGGCUGCAUGCUGACCUCCCAAUUCUGCUGAGUGAAUUCGACAGCAGAGAAGAACCAGAUAUGGUUGAAAUACGGAGGAGCGUUUGGAUCCGCAGCUCGACUAUUUUACUUCGGCUUAGCGACUGCCUUGUAGAUGGAAACGACCAAUCGGCUCUUGCCCAGAUUUAUCAUUAUCUGAAAGAUCGGCUGAUACUUCUGCGGAAGCUCCCGGGGCUUUCGCAUGUACCUAGCGGCGAUUCAGACUCGGUUGCGAGCAUAUCGAAAUUGGAAACUGCACUUUUGGUAUCCUUGUGCUUCCCAGGUAUCGAAGACUGUGAGAUCGCCGCCUCUUGUCUCAACAUCUUGGUAGAAGAGUGUCGAUGGGUGGAUAGUCAUUCCGAAUCCGUGAACUCUUGCUCAGCGAUCCUCCGAAACGCCGAUACAUUCCAGGAGAUAUCCUCUCCUACCUUCCGGGUGACUGGGCUUGUGGCUUUUCAGAAGAGAACAAGGAGCCUUCUUCGCCAGAUAAAAUAUCCGACUGCGGGCAUCAUUCGUGCGUGGGAGGCAGCAUUUGAUACCUGGCUAAACCUGAGCAAACAAGUGUCGGUUACAUCUGCUGACGCUACAGAGGCCAUGACACUCUCGCAGUGGCGGGAUCUGGGUGGUUUUCUAGCUUCGAUGGGGGGGAUUUGCACAGCUCAGCAGGCAGUCGCCUUGGAAGAGCCUGCAUUAAACGUGUUGCCGUGGAUUGACCUUCAUCCCCCCGGCGAGGACCAAGAGACGCUUCUGGCACGAUAUCUUCACCUGGGCGUCCAGCUUAUGGGCUGUACAAACGUCAAAGUGCGAGAAACCAUACGAGACAUUUUUACACACGAAGUGCCCACCUGCCUGUAUCGGCCUCUAUUCAAGUCACUGGAGUCUGAAGUAGAGGCUUUCUUCACCGGAGCCUUUACUCCCGAUGCAGAACGCGCACAGGAUAGAGGAAUCAUCUUUGCCGAACAAGCUGUCUCCCUGCUGAAAGACAUGGUAGAGCGGCUCGACACCCCCCAGGACCUUGCUGCCGCUCCUUCUGUGCAUCUGGGUUCGCUGACUCUUGCUUUUGCUAAAUUCAUUGGCGAUCACAAUGAGACGGGAACGUCGCUGCGCGUUAAAAUUCGCAUUUGCCAGUUAUCUGAAGCAGUGAUGCACCGCAAAGAGCACCUCAAUCUCCGAGAUGACGUUGUCAUCCGCAACCAGCUUCUGGAAUACAUCAUUGGAUGGAUCCGCCCCCCCGGAGCCUCUCUAGAUUCAGGCCGAGGAACGUCCAGGCUGGAGGAGCUUGAGCGGAUGCAGAGAGAUCUCACUAGAGCCUGUUUAAAGGCACUGUCUGACCUGACUUUUAGAUUACCACUGCAGACGCUGGAUAUACAGUCGGAUGCUGGCAUGAGCGCGAAGAAAUCAGAACUAUUUCAGCGCUACUUUAAACGCUUUCUGGAUCUCAUCAGUACAGGGCAAUCGGAUGUCGCCUCCGAGCCAAUAGACGGCCUUCCUAGCUCCGAGAUGGCAAUUACCAUAUUGUCUAAUCUCCUCAGUGCAAAUAUCGACAUCGGCCUGAAGCAUGCGCUCUCUCAUGGCUACCAUGACAGUGUCGAAGUCAGGACUGUAUUUGUCAAAGUGUUGUAUAAUAUCCUCACGCAGGGAACAGAAUUCAGCAAUCUGUCUGAUUCCGCCGUGAGCGAAAGAUACGAAGAACUUCUUGGACUUCUUACGAAAGAUCUAUCGCUGGCCGUGUCAAUGAGCUCAAUCUGCCCUAGCGCAGAGAUAGACGAGUUAACCGUGUGUCUCUUGAUAGUCUUUGAGCAAAGAGGCCGCACGUUUGAGCUCCUGGAAGCUUUGAUAAAAGAAGAAAUAGAACAAACAGAACAUGCGACUGAAAUUCUGAGGAGAAGUUGCGUGGCCACCAAGAUGCUGUCGCUAUACGCCAAGUGGAAGGGCUUCGAGUACCUUCAGGGGACGUUGCAAAAGAUUCUAGACAGGCUUAUGAUGACCUCGCAGGAGCUGGAUCUGGAGCUCGAUCCGGCUAGGGUCUCUUCCGCAGAAGAGCUCAAGAAGAACGCCGCGCAGCUCCAGAUAGUAACCAAGGUGUUUAUGGACGAAAUUUGCGCCUCGGCACCGAACAUUCCGCCGUCUUUUCGAAAGAUUUGCAGCAUUAUCCAUGAUGCUGUAUUGCCAAGAUUCCCGGACGCCAAAUACACUGCCGUAGGUGCCUUCGUUUUCUUGCGCUUCUUCUGCCCAGCAAUAGUGGCACCAGAAGCAGAGGGUCUCAUCGACGCACCGCCAACAAAGGAGCUGCGUCGAGGGCUCUUACUUAUCGCCAAGGUCAUCCAGAACCUUGCCAACAAUGUUCUGUUCGGCACCAAAGAGCCGUACAUGUUCCCGCUGAAUAAGUUCCUGGUCGUGAAUAUCUCGGUUGUGACCGGCUUCCUUCGCGCCAUAGCUGUGCCCCCAGCCUCGCUAGAUCUUACCGUCACGAAAGAGACGACCGACUUCGGCUCCUGCGUGUCCUUCCACCGUUUCUUAUACGACCACUGGGACCACCUUCGCCAGACCUUGGUUGCCAGAGAGCGCCGAGAAUAUCUUCGCCUCCAGGACAGCUCGCCGCGUAGCCACUCUCCUGUCUUUGAGCCUUUGCGUAAUUUGAUCACGAACCUUGGCCCGCCGCCUCUCGCGAUAUCCUGGAACAGGCCACAGAUUGCCGUGAAUCAGCCGCCGCUUUACUCGCGCUUUCAGAACUUCAUGCUACGCAAUGCCUUCCGCAGCACCGAGUCAUUUUUGACAUCGCGUACUAUAUUUGACGGCGGCGAUGGCUUGUCGACAAUACUCAUCAUUCUCCGUUACAGCGAGACGGAAGGCAUUGACCACGAAACACUGCUGCACUGCUUUUUAAAGAUCGCAAGUAGGCUGUGGCAUGAACCCUUUAGCGUACUCAUCGAUGCAACUUGCUAUAGCGGCAAGAAUGACCCCAAAGACGAAUUCUUCAAAAUGCUUGAUCUUCUUAUGCCCUAUGAGGUGUUGCAGAAUCUUUCUCGUAUCUACAUCUACAACAUGAAUAGUGCCUUCAAGCGAUGCUUCCGACGACUCCUGAGGAUCGUAACCAAGAAUGAAUUAAGCGCCUUUCACCCGAAUAAUGUCAAGUACCUGCUUUUUGGAAGUCUCGACGACGUGCGUCAUAGCUUUUUUAUCAACUCACUCCAAGUUCCCAAAGAACACUCGGCGAUCGUCUCCGAUAUACGGUACGUUUGUCACCAUGCUACCCGCUUGUCUAAAUCAAAGGGCAAGGUGGAUGUUAUCAUCAAAGUUGGCAGCCAUCACGUACAGGUGACGACCAGCAAGCACCAGGAAAUCUUCUCUAGCCUGCGACUGAGCUCGACAAUCAACGACAUUUUCCGCCUCGGCGACAUUGAUGAAGCGGCGACGGCGAUCCCGAGUGAGGAUGGGAAUUCCUUUGGACUGCGUGCUGAUGGCGGACGUAUCGUCAUGUGCUUCACGAGCAAUGACAAGGCCAAAAUUCUGCACGCCAUCCGGAGCGCCAAGGCUAGGAAUAGUAAAGACAGCCGGAUGCACAAGCCCGUGGAGCGGUUGCUCCGCCCUCAAGAUGUUCCUGGUACGCUGUUGAACCUGGCGUUCAUGAACCUGUCAAGCCUCGACCACCAGCUUCGAUUGGCUUCCUACAACCUCCUCGGUGCGCUUUGCAUCACAUUCAAGUUUCGUACAGCCACAAGACUCGUCUGCUCCCGAGAUCUCUCAAUUCCCAUCGACCCCACCCGCUUCAUUGUGAGCAUAAGUCGAGAGCUUGCCGCUUCGGAGCCUCAGCUCACGUGUGAUUUUUUGUCUGAGUUCAUCGCGAGCUGGGAGACGUUUACGGAGGAACAAAAACCACUGAGCCUGGCGUACAUGGCGCCCUGGCUGUCUGGCCUGCGAAGAGAUGUGCUCACGGGCGAAGUUGAUGGUGAGAAGGGCAAGGAAAAAGUGGCCGCUAUCUUCCGCAAGUUUAUUGACCUGAUCGCACUGGACCAGUCUCUGAGCUAUGCGCUGGAGCAAUUUGUCUGGCCCUCGCUUGGCCAGGACGAAGUGCUGCUUGACAUCUUCCUCGAGGAGGUCAUGAAGAUGGCCAUUGGAUUUGGCACGCAGCAAGAAAUUGUCGAAACAGUGGCGUCCACAGUUUCCAACAUUGGAACGAUAUGCACCUCAUUGUCUUUUGGCAGCGGCGUGCAGUCCCAGCUCUUCCUGCCCGAGAUAUUUCACAUCGUCACCAUGUUGGUGAACACCGGCGGCGCCAACGUCAGGGUCCAGGUGCACAGGUUGCUCACCAACACGGUCCACGCCAUCUGCACAUCAUUUCUCUUGGACGAAUCCAAGUUUACAAAGCUACGUGCAUCCCUCGACGUGCUGUCCGAGCCCCGGAGCGGCAUCUUCUCUUCGCCGCCUUCUGGAAGGCAGGACGCGGCCUCAGCGUCACUCGUUGGAGAUGAAGGAUCUAUGCUCCCAGCCAUGGAGAAUCUUGUGGCUAUUCUGUUUGAUAUAUGCACUGUGGCAGCGCCGUCCGUCGACACGGCCAACGCCUGGCGGUCGCGCUGGAUGAGCUUGGUGGCGAGCACCGCGUUUCAGAAUAAUCCGGCUGUACAGCCUCGCGCCUUUGCCGUCAUGGGCUACCUGGCCAAGGAGGAGGUGGACGAUGACCUGCUCUACCAGGUCCUGGUUGCGCUGCGCAACAGCGUGAGCCAAUUUGGUGAAGAUGGUCACAGCGAGAUGCUCACGUCCAUCAUCACCUGCCUGUCUCGGAUGAUGGCCAACCUUCCGUCCGCGUCCCGAUACGGGCUGCAGCUGUUCUGGCUGGCCAUGUCCCUCAUCCGGCUCGUUCCCGGCAGCCUUUUCAACUGCACAGCCCAGUUCCUGGAGGCGCUCCUGAUUAACAUCGGCAACAUCGGCGGUGUGCGUGGCGACAAGAUGAUCCCGAUGCUACUGCACAGCCGCAGCCAGCUAGACGAGGCUGUGGAGCCACUGGAUGAGGCCUAUGGUAUUCAUUUCGACGAGGAUAACUUCCACUUUGCCGUGUGUGCGUGCCUAGUUCGUGGUUUGACGGACAAUACGACCCGCCUAGCCGCCGUGCGGGUGCUCUGGUCGUUCCUGGAAAUGACGGCACCGGCGUCGCAACUUUCGGCAAAGCUCAUUCACACCAUGGUCGACUCGCCCUAUCUGGCGCUCAUGCUCGCCCGUUGCGUUGACCAAGACAACUUCCGCGACAACAUGUGGCUAGCAGGCAUCAACCCAGACGGGAUCAGCGGCAUGCUAGAAGGCAGUCGCCGUCGCCACGCCGAAGUGAUGGAAGAUAGAGACCUGCUACUCAUAUCCGUGAUCGAGCUGGUGGAUUUUCAAUAUCUGGAAGAUACCGUCCAGGCAAGGACGCUGCUGUGGCUCAACGACCUGGCAUUGUCAAGACGAACUGUCUUUGCCUACCUGUGCGGCGCAAUGCCGUCCAUUCUCAAUGACGUACUCAUGCACGGGCAGGAUUCUGCAGCCCUCGAGGCAGCACACACACUUGUGCGGACACUAACCUCGGAGAGGGAAUACGCAAGCGCUACGGGGUCCAUGGAGUCGCUGGAAGAGGCGCUCGAGGAGAUGGGCUUUCGUGGUUUGUGGAAAUUGUCGUUCCAAGGGAUGGCGGAAGAAAACAGGGCAGAGUGCUUCGAACUGACCGAGAAGUUGAUUGAGCUUAUUGUGAUUUGA